AUUUAUACCAUACUAGCGCCAUCUAGUAACUGGGAGGAAUUAUAUGCAGAAGUACAUGUCUAGCACUGAUUUUGUGUUAUUCGAUAUCGACAGUCUCGUUGUGAAAUUGUGCGUUUGCCUGAAAUCUUGGGAUAGUGAAAAUUAAUAAUUCCAAGGCAUAAGUGGAUUUGUGAAAGUCAAAAAUGGGUCUUGUGUGCUCAACGGCGCAGCUUGCCUGCCUUUGCGGCAGUACGGCAUGCAGCUUUUGCUGCUCGCAGUGCCCGACAUGCCGGAACAGCACCAGCACUCGCAUCAUGUAUGCUCUAAUGCUGUUACUGGGUACGAUUGCAGCCUGCAUUACCCUUUCUCCAGGACUCCAAUCAGCUCUGUCAAAGGUUCCGUUCUGCACCAACAGCUCAUCUUAUGUUCCAACUGGUUUCAAAUUCGACUGCAAGGAUGUUGUUGGCUUUCUCGCCGUCUACCGGAUGUGCUUCAUUCUCACACUCUUUUUCCUUCUGAUGUCCCUUAUCAUGAUUAGAGUUAAAAGUUCCAAAGAUCCGAGAGCCCCGAUUCAAAACGGUUUUUGGGCUAUUAAGUAUCUCAUUGUAAUCGGUGGGAUCAUAGGCGCCUUCUUCAUCCCAGAAGGAUCGUUUGGAAUAACUUGGAUGUACUUUGGAAUGAUCGGUGGAUUUCUAUUUAUCAUUAUCCAGCUGAUUCUAAUUGUUGAUUUCGCUCAUUCUUGGGCAGAUGCUUGGGUCACAAAUUAUCACGAAACUGAAUCUAAGGGCUGGUAUGCUGCACUGUUGGGAUCCACUUUUCUGUCUUACGCAGGAGUAAUAACAGGAGUUACUUUGCUAUUCGUUUAUUUCACAAUACCUGGCGGUUGCGAACUGAACAAGUUUUUCAUAUCGUUCAACUUAAUUCUGUGCGUCAUAGCCAGUGCCGUUUCCAUCCUACCAAGUGUUCAGGAUAAACUACCCAACAGCGGUCUCCUUCAAUCUUCCGUCGUUAGUCUCUACGUAAUUUAUCUUACGUGGAGCGGCAUUUCAAACAGCCCAGAUUCCGAAUGCAAUUAUCGAUUUAGUUCGAAAGAUCCGAAGUUCGAUAAGGAGAGUAUCAUCAGCUUGGUGAUAUGGAUGUGUUGCGUUCUGUACAGUUCACUUCGUACAGCUUCAAAAUCGUCAAGGCUCACCAUGUCUGAGAAUGUAAUGGCCAAAGAUAAUGGUGCUGUUUGGAAUCAAAGAGACCAAUCUCUAGUCGGCAAUGAAGAUUAUGUCCCAGUAGAAGGUCCUUCUGGAGAUCACGAAGAGGGUGGAGAAGCCAAAGUAUGGGACAAUGAAGAAGACUGCAUUGCCUAUAACUGGAGUUUCUUCCACUUCAUGUUUGCCCUGUCGACUCUUUAUGUCAUGAUGACGCUCACCAACUGGUAUAAGCCUAAUUCAGACCUAUCUCUGUUAAACGCAAACGCGGCUUCGAUGUGGGUGAAGAUAAUUUCGUCUUGGCUCUGCCUCGGGCUUUAUGUCUGGACUUUGAUAGCCCCAGUUAUUCUGCCUGACCGUGAAUUUUCAUAUUAACGCGAAUAUGUUCGUCAUGAAUCUCGGUCGGAACACCAGAAGCCUGCCCACCUAAGAUUACAUCUGAUUGUGAGUAAAAUAAGAUAUUAACUAAGUUUAUGGGUACAUAAAUAACGGUCGAAAGAUCUACUACAUGUAGGAUCCGAUAAUUGAUCACGGAUCAGAUUUAUUACGUACAUAUGUAUAUGCUAUAUUCCUAUAUUAUAUCAUAUUCUUGUUCUUAGCUGAUAUUAAUUCCGCGUUAUAAUUAUAUUAAAACCCACUUUUUGUAAUUAUUAAUAUUCUUACUCGGAUCAGUCACUUUUUCCUAUACUUUACCCUUAUGUAAUAAUAGAAACUUUUUAUUAAAAUUUUAUUACGCUUUAAUAAAAAUCGGUCCGAAUUUAAUUUCACGCGUAUUUCUUUCAAUAUACGCUGGUACAUGUAUAUAUAAAUAUAUUAUGUAUUACCGACAUGUAGGGAAAAAUACAUUAUAUAAAUGUACAAUAAAUUUGUAAUAAUAAUCGUUAACAAUUAAUAUACUUUUAUAUUAUUAUGUAUUGUGUAUUAUAAAGAGUACAUCUGCGCGUGUAUGUAUAUUUUGAUAUUAUUUUGAGUUUUUUUUUAAGACUGCACGAAUUACAAUGUUUUUUUUUCAAUAAUAUACGUAUUGGAGCACACAUAUACUUAUUUUUUCCUCUUGCAACAUUCGAUUUUGAAAAUACACUAAAAAUGUAGAGGGCAGCAUUUAUAAAAAAGAUACUUUAUUUUUUAUCAUUUCAACAUAAUACAAUAUAACUUAUGAAUUAUAAAACAUAUCACUUAACAUUUUUUUUUAUUUAUAAUUUCCAAUACACAAAGAACCUGAUGAUAAUUGAAUAGAAGUAAAAAAUUAAGCGUUACCUCUAAAUUCCUAUCUAUGUUGUCGUGUUGCAAAAAUACGUAUAAUGUACAUGCAUUUUUCGUAUUUCUCAAAAUUAUUAUCACAUUAAAAAACUCUAAAUCCAAAUUACUUUCAUUUUUAAACUUUGUCUUCGCUUAAGGAAUUUUUGUCGAUUAGAUUUUUUGUUUCAUCCUUCAUCUCCAAUUGGCGGAAGAUACGUAUAAAAUUUUUAAUUAAAAAAAAGUAUUGAUUAGAAAGGAUGGUGAUAAGAAAAGUUUAUUAUUGAUCAGUCUUGGAAGCGUCGCUACAACUUGUAUCGCAGCCAAUAACUUGCUAAACCCGGAUUUAUUAUCUAAUAACUAUUUACAAAUGAAUGUUUAGUAGAUAUGAAUAUAUAUAUAUAUAUGUGUGUGUAUGUGUGUGUGUAUAUGUAUAUGUACAACACUUACGGCACUUAUGAUGGUGUAACUCCCGAACGAAUCGGAAGUCCAUAAUUUCCUUUGGAGGAAAACUUGAUUGUAACUGUUCGAAUGCAAGUAAAAAGUUUCAGGAAAAUCAAAGGUG